GGCUUCAGGCUUCAGAUUCCAGGGCUAUCAAUUCACGGUUUUUGUAGAGCUUCUCUGGGUGUAUAUUUCCCAAGUUAUAUAGCCAUGCAUUCCGCAUCACUGUCCCCAGUGGGGAUCGUUACCACUGUGACUCACCAUCUCAUGUCAGGAAAUAAUAGAAAUCAAAAGGAAGCACUUUGCAUCAUGCACCAAAGUUUGUUAGACUUGGCAUCAGCAGAUCAAAAAGGGGAAUGAUUUCCUGAAGUAGGAGCCUUUACACUGGGCAGCCAUUUAAUAUUAGCUGCCAUGAGGGAAUCUCUCAGCCAGAAUCUGCCCAGAACUUUAAAGACAAUGACCAACACUAAAUAAACCAAUAGCCGUUAACUCCAAACAGGCAGAACCCAAACAUCUGCUCUGCUAGCGGUGGUCUUAUAUCUUGGGUGGAUCAGAAUCAGGCCUGGCCAAAGAGUUUGCGGGGCCCAAGGCGGCACACUAACAGCGAGCGGGGCUAGCCGGUGGAUACUCUAGUUUAAGUCAAACCCAGCCGAGGGGUGACAGAGUCCAGCGUGGCCAGCACAAGUCGCUCACUGGAUAUAUUCCACAACACCUCUAGAUUUAAGAAAAAUUUCAACUGGCAUCUGUUUCAAUGUCACCUGCCUUGCUUUUCCUGGUCACUAGGACGCCAUUAUACACUACCAUAAAACUUUCAAUAGAAGCCCCCCAGCAUCUAUAGUACAAACCAUCCAAGAUCCCGGCUUGUAUUAAUGACCCAGCUUUUAUUUGACAGACCCUGCGUCUAUUAAAACAUCUGGUCAGUACUCCUGGCAUCUAACAGAGCAGAAGACUGGUAUUUAAGAUAAUAGAGAGGAAUGCAGAUCCUGAAGAAUUGCUGUUGUCUUACCUGAGAAAGGGCCUUCGUCUCUCAGGAACAAAAUAUGGUUGUGGAACAGGUGGCUGUGGAGCCUGCACUGUGAUGAUCUCCACAUAUGAACCAAGUUCCAAGAAGAUAAAGCAUUACCCUGCCAACUCCUGUCUCCUACCCAUAUGCUCGCUGCAUGGCUCUGCUGUCACCACUGUGGAAGGUGUUGGAAGCACAAAAACGAGGGUUCAUCCAAUCCAGGAAAGGCUGGCCAAGUGCCAUGGCUCGCAGUGUGGCUUCUGCACUCCUGGAAUGGUGAUGUCCAUGUAUGCUUUGCUGAGGAACCACCCUGAACCCUCCAUGGAACAGAUAAUUGCAGCUCUCGAUGGUAAUUUGUGCCGUUGCACUGGAUAUAGACCAAUUAUAGACACCUAUAAGUCUUUUGCGGGGGAAGGAACAUGUUGUCAAUUGAGAGGAACAGGGCAAUGUUGCCUGGACAAGGAAGAUAUGUGCAAAUCUACUGACAAAGGAAAUCAGACGCAUUCUGAUCUCUGCAAUCCUGAAAAAUUCCAACCUGUAGACCCAACCCAGGAGUUUAUCUUUCCUCCUGAACUAAUGAGAAUGGCUCAGGAAGAGCCAAAAAGAACUCUGGUUUUCCAUGGGAAAAGAACAACAUGGAUUUCUCCUGCUAAUCUCCAGGAACUCCUAGAGCUGAAGGCCAUGUACCCCAAAGCACCUCUCAUUGUAGGGAACACCAGUGUGGGACUUGAGAUGAAACUUAAUGGUGUUCACUAUCCGGUUAUCAUCCAUCCCACUAGGAUCCCAGAUCUGCACGUUGUGAGUAAUACAAACCAUGGUCUAGUGAUUGGUGCUGCCUGCUGUCUGGCCCAACUCAGAGAUAUCCUGAUGAAAGUAGUCCUGGAGCUUCCAGAGGAGAAGACAAAGAUUUUCCAUGCUCUCUUGCAACAGCUGAAGACCCUAGCUGGAGAACAGAUCAGGAGUUUGGCUUCUUUAGGGGGACAUAUUGUAAGUAGAGGUUCGACUUGGGACCUGAACCCCGUCCUAGCCGUUGGCAACUCUAUCCUCAAUCUGGCAUCAAAAGACGGAACACGAAAGAUUCCUUUAAAUGAUCAGUUUCUGGCGAGAUAUGAAAAUGCAGGUCUUAAGCCAAAAGAGGUCAUUGUGUCAGUUCUCAUCCCAUACUCAAAGAAGGAUGACUUUGUAUCAGCAUUCCGACAGGCUGAGCGCCGGAAAAAUGCUUUAUCAAUUGUGAAUUCUGGAAUGAGAGUCCUUUUCAAACCAAACACCGACAUCAUUAUGGACCUGAAUAUUUUAUAUGGAGGCAUUGGCUCUGGCACAGUCAGUGCAAGGAAAUCCUGCCAGAGGCUCAUAGGGAGGCAAUGGAAUGAGCAGAUGUUGGAUGAAGCUUGCAAACUGGUGCUUGAAGAAAUUUCUCUCUCCCCCUCUGCUCCAGGUGGGAAGGUGAAAUACAGAAGAACUCUGCUUGUUAGUUUCCUUUUCAAGUUCUACCUGGAAGUGUUACAUGGGUUAAAUAAAAUGUACCCAGCUAAGUAUCCUGACUUAUCAAAGAAGAACAUGAGUGCCCUCGGAACAUUCCACUUUGAAGCACCCCAGGGUAUGCAAACAUAUCAGGAUGUAGACCCAGCACAGCCCCCCCAAGAUCCAAUAGGACGUCCCAUCAUGCACCAAUCCGGGGUUAAGCAUGCCACUGGUGAAGCUGUGUACUGCAGUGACAUUCGUGCUAUGGAUGAAGAGCUCUUCCUGGCUGUUGUUACCAGUUCCAAAGCCCAUGCAAAGAUUGUAACAAUUGAUAUUUCAGAGGCUCUCAAAGUGCCAGGAGUGGUAGAUGUGGUAACAUCUAAAGAUAUUCCAGGAAAAAAUGGCACUGCCCGUGAGCAAGCAUAUGCAGAAAACGAGGUGAUCUGCGUGGGUCAGAUCAUCUGUGCUGUGGUUGCAGAGUCAGCGGUGCAGGCAAAGCAAGGAAUUGAAAAAGUGAAGAUAGAAUAUGAAGAUCUGGAGCCAAUUCUGACCAUUCAGGAUGCAAUAAAGCACAACUCAUACAUUGGAAAAGAGAAGAAAAUAGAGCAAGGAAAUAUUGAAGAAGGAUUUAAGUCUGUUGAUGAAAUCAUUGAAGGUGAAAUCCACAUUGGAGGACAAGAACAUUUUUACUUGGAAACUAACAGUGUCCUUGCUGUUCCCAGAAGAGAGGAUAACGAAAUGGAUGUAUAUGUGUCCACUCAGGAUGCAGCACGUGUACAGGAAUUAGUGGCUUCAGCGUUAGCUGUCCAAUCCAGUAAGAUCAUGUGUCAUACAAAACGUGUUGGUGGAGCCUUUGGAGGAAAGGUUACAAAGCCUGCAUUUUUUGCUGUAGUUGCAGCAGUCGCAGCAAACAAGACUGGGAAACCAAUCCGCUUGAUGCUGAAACGAGACGAGGAUAUGCUAAUCACUGGAGGCCGACACCCUUUCUUUGGAAAAUACAAAGUAGGAUUUAUGAAUGAUGGUAGAAUCACAGUUGCUGAUAUUGAGUGCUACAUUAAUGCUGGAUGUACAAGAGAUGAAUCUGAACUGGUAAUUGAGUAUGCUGUGCUAAAAACGGAUAAUGCUUACAAGAUCCCUAACCUUCGAGUCCGGGGGCGCGCCUGCAAGACCAAUUUGCCAUCAAACACAGCGUUCCGAGGCUUUGGCUUCCCGCAAGCGGGUUUGUUUACAGAAUCUUGGAUAACUGCAGUGGCCGCUAAAACCAACUUGCCACCUGAGGAGAUCAGGGAGAUAAACAUGUACAAAGGAGUUAAUCUAACCCCCUUCAAAGAAGAGUUUGAUGCAACAAACCUGGUGAAAUGUUGGAAAGAAUGUUUGGAGAAAUCUGAAUACUACAGCAGGAAAACAGCUGUGGAAGAAUUUAACAAGCAUAAUUACUGGAGGAAGAAAGGGAUUGCUAUUAUACCCAUGAAGUUUUCAGUUGGAUUUACUACUACCCGUUACCACCAGGCUGCAGCUCUGGUUCAUAUCUACACAGAUGGGUCUGUGCUGGUGACUCAUGGUGGAAUUGAACUGGGACAAGGAAUUCACACCAAGAUAUUACAGAUUGCCAGCCGUGAAUUGAAGGUACCAUUGUCAUAUGUACACUUUUGUGAAACAAGCACAAUAACUGUUCCUAAUGCGAUAGUCACAGCAGGAUCAAUUGGCUCCGAAGUCAAUGGCAAAGCUGUCCAGGAUGCUUGUCGGAUUCUUCGGAAACGCCUGGAACCCAUCAUUAAUAAAAACCCUGAAAAGAAAUGGGAGGACUGGAUUACCGAAGCUCAUAUACAAAGUGUGAGUCUUUCAGCUACUGGCUACUUCCGAGGCUAUGUGGCAAACAUGAACUGGGACACAGGGGAAGGCCAACCUUUCCCAUAUUUUGUUUUUGGAGUUGCUUGUUCUGAAGUGGAAAUUGACUGUCUGACAGGAGAGCACAAGAACAUCAGAACAGACAUAGUCAUGGAUGCUUGUUUCAGCAUAAAUCCAGCUGUAGAUAUAGGACAGAUUGAAGGUGCCUUUAUUCAGGGAGUUGGACUGUAUACAAUGGAAGAAAUUAAGUUCUCCCCUGAAGGAAAGCAGUACACUCUGGGUCCAGAUAUGUAUAAAAUCCCUGCUGUCUGUGACAUACCCGAACAGCUCAGGGUUUACUUGCUGCCAAACUCCCGAAACCCAAUUGCUAUCUACUCCUCCAAGGGGAUGGGUGAGGCAGGGCUGUUCCUGGGAUGUUCUGUGUUCUUUGCUAUCUGGGAUGCGGUGGCUGCUGUGCGGAAGGAAAGAGGAUUAACUGGGACCUUCACCUUGAACAGCCCCCUGACUGUCGAUCAGAUUCGUAUGGCCUGUGCUGAUAACUUUACGGAGAUGAUUCCCAAAGAUAAGCCUGGAACCUAUAAACCUUGGGCCAUUGACAUAGCCUAAUGUGUUUUCCAGAGUAUGAAAUCAUCAUGUGAUUGUUUCCAUCACUGUUGGUUUAAAGCAUCCCAAAUCUAUUAAUGGUUAAAACCCACUCACACACACAUUUGUGGACCAAGAUAUUAUCAUUAAUUGCAGCUCCCUGUACUGACAGAAAGGAGACCUUUAAUUUUGGAUAAAUUAUAGACCAAAGUCUGCUUUCUGUUAUAUCACUGUAAACCUGGAGUAACCCAGUAAUCCCAUGGCCUUCAAGCUAAUAACAUAUGGACAUAAGAGAAAGCAGAAUAUACCCCCAAAUCACAAACUAUGGUUCUUUGCCACUUGCUGCAUCCACUUUAUGACUCACUUGUUGACAUUAUUAUUAAUUGUAUCUAUUACUAUAGCAUUUUGGAAUCCCAAUCCGAUUAUAUUAGGCAUGUACCAUAAAAAAAGAGACAUUCCUUUCCCCAAAUAGCUUCAGAGUCUAGGCCUCAGAUAGGAUUCAACAGAGUGGAUGAUACAGACACACAGCUGGGUAGAUGUGGAGUUAAGAAGGAAAAGUCACAACUAAACAAAUGGAUCUCCUCAUAAAAAAAGCUGUCAGCUCACCACUUGCCAAACCUGUGCCAGAUAUUAGUGAUUUGUAGGCAUCAUGAUAGAAGAAGGUUUAAGGAUGGAUUUUAAGGGGGGAUUUCUCCCAUACAUAGGUAAAGCUCUGGGAAAAAUAUGAAGGUAUCUGAAGAACGAGUGGCCCAGGCUGGCACAAUUGGAAGCAGCAAUUAAAUAGUUAAUAAUCACACUUGAAAGUUCAAAGCUGGAAAAGUCAUUGCAAGAAAAAACACGGUAUAAAUUAGCCUAAGAAAUAACUCUAUAGGUACAAUACGCUUUAUUUACAUUAGGUUACAUUUUGCUGUCAGUUACACAUGUGUUAGAGUAAGGAGGACUCCAUUGGUUUUAAUGGAAAAUAAUGCAGUUACACCAGUGUACCUGAAAACAAAUUAUAGCUUGUAACAUUGCAAUCAUAUUUAGUGCAAAUAUUAGAGACAAAAAUAUAAUACUUUAUUUCUUUACAAAUAUGUGUAUAGUGCAAUAAAUGUAUAACAUGUUUGUGCCACCUAUUGGUAAAAUAGGCCUGUCCAUUUCUCUUGUUAAACUAUUACCACUUGCAACUGAUGAGAAAAGCACAACAAAGCAAAAUUCUGAGGCUACGUCUAGACUGCAGUGCUAUUUCGGGGUACCAGAGGUAUCUGGAAAUAGCUAUUUGCAUCUUUUGAGCACAAUGUUAUUUCCAAA